AUGUCGUCUCGGACGGAGAAGACCAAACGACCUCCCCGUAAACACGUCACGACGGCUUGUGUUCCUUGUCGGGAGAGUAAAAUCAGAUGUGACGGCGCUUCCCCGCGUUGUCACAAUUGUGAGAGAAAAGGGAAAUCCUGCAAAUAUCAGCAUGGUGAUGACAAACGAAAAGUUUCUCUCCGCGCAGCAACCGAACUGUUCUCUGCUCGGAUUGACCAGCUUUGUCAAUUCAUUUACGACCAUGGCUUGGACCCCCCCGCCAUGAAACUGGAGGAUGAGUUGGGUAUCAACAGAGUCCUAGAGACACUUCGGAUUCCCCAUGGAUUGGCUAGACGAAAGGACCCCCCAACCUCCGACAAGCAGCAUGUACCUGUUUGUCAUAGGCAGUCAUCCACCAAGGAAAACCCCGUCGAAGAUGCACCCCUGUCGCAGAACAUCUCCGAAACCCCGUAUCCUGCAUCCGCUGCGAAGAACACCAUCCGGGAUGCGAUAAGCCUGCUUGGGUUUCAGUAUCCCCAGUCUACAUGGGACUUGGCUUUCCCUCCUGCUGAGAGCUUGGAUUAUUCCCUAUACGCGAACAUAACUGGGGGACAUCCGUUACUCUCAGAUACUAGCUUUAGCCCGGACAGCCUGCAGCUGUCUCCAGAUGUGGCACAGCAACCAGGAGCCCUAACUCUGUACGGACAGACACAAAACGAUAAAGACGAGGAAAGCGAUAGUGGCGAGGAAGACGAGGCAGAGAAGGAUGUCAUCGAACAAAUAUCUCAUCGCAUCGGAACUUUGAAAAUCGCGGGAGACGGACACCUGCGCUUCUAUGGUGCCACGUCGAAUCUUAAUCUCGUGGAUGUAUCUGCUACCCAGCAACGCCAGCGCCCUGAUGCACGUACCGUUCGUCACGAUGGCCAGGACAUCUUGAAUCACCUCCGGGUCGGACAGCCUGUAGACCAGGCUCUGGAGGAUCAUCUAUUAGAGCUCUACUUUACAUGGCAGAACAGCAGUACGUACGUGGUUGAUAAAGACAUGUACAUGAUUGCUCGAUCAAAAUGGAGAGAUGAAUUGGACGAUACCCCGUUCUAUUCCGAGGUUCUCACCAAUGCCAUGUGCGCCAUUGGAAGUGCCUUUGAAGCCCGAUACCACGCUACCUUCAUUACAUUUCCUAAAUCUCUAGCGGAGUUCUUCGCAGACAGAGCCAAGGCGCUUCUGGAAAUCGAGCUAGACUCGCCUUGUGUUGCCACGGUGCAAGCGCUUGUAAUUUUAAGCUGCCACGAGGGAUCUUCGAACCGGGAUGCGCGCGGGUGGCUCUAUAGUGGAAUGUCGAUGAGACUUGCAUUCGAUCUUGGAUUGCAUUUGGACAUGACCCCAUAUGUUGAGAAAGGCGAUCUGAGCACUGUCGAGGCGGAUGUACGACGCCUAGCGUUUUGGGGGAGUUACUGUGCGGACCAUUUCUGGGGCUUUUAUCUGGGGCGGCCUUUCCGGAUGAAUGCCGGAGAUAUCACUGUUUCCAAAGCAGCGUCGGACUUGAUUGCGAAAAAAGAAGGCACCUGGCGUCCCUAUGGGCUUUCAGUCAAAUCAGCGAUAUUCAGCAGGGGAUUGAAGAACCCGAACGAGUUGAUCAGCAGACAGUUCGCUGUCCUGUGGGAGAUUAUCUCUCCUCUAGGUCAUAUCCUAUAUGGACGCUCGGACAUUCCGCGCCACGACCUCCAGAGACUUUGUUAUCGUGUGACAGAAGAUCUGUUUUCGUGGAAAGCCAAUCUGGCGUCCACUCUUGAUAUUGACCUUGCCGAUGAUUCGGCGCCGAAACUGCCUCACCUCUUGAUGUUGCACAUGCAAUAUCACCAGAUCGUCCUCUUUGCCCACAGACCCUGGGUUUCCAAAAGCUAUAUCCAACCACGCAGCCCACGCCAGGGGCCUGGCUACCACCAUGCUCGGAAAAUGUGCAUCGAAUCCUCAAUAGCCAUCGCCCGUCUGCUUCACAUCUACGAAAAGCACUACACAUUCCGCCGCAUGAACAACCAAGUCGUCGCCAUGAUCUUCAGCGCCGCCCUCAUGCUCCUCUACGUCACCAUCUCAACCACCCCGCUCUCCAGCAAAACAGGCUUCGAGAUGAGCGACCGCCCCGAAAUGAUCGCCCACUUGAACCUUUGCUUCCGCGCGCUCGACGAGCUAGGCCAGUCCGUUGAAAACGCCAAACGAACCCGAGACUUCCUCGUCGCUCUCCAGCGUCGCUGGCAAGCACGCAUGCGCCAGUCAGGAGCCACGAAACGCCAAAUGAGCAGCAGCAGCAGCAGCAGCAGCAGCAGCCACGCUCUGGCCCCGCAUUCGUCCUCCCCAAGAGUCCCAGAUGCAGAGCAGCUUGCCUCUCGUAAGAAAUCCAAAGUCACACCUCCGGGCCAUCCCAGACAUCCUCAACGCGCUUCCGCGUCGUUCUCCGCAAUCCCGAAUCCGACAGCCACCACGACGGCGUUGUCUUCGCUAGAACCUUCGCUUCCCCACAGCGAACCACCCCAGCACUCGACUGGUAUAAUCUCAGCCCAUCAACUAAAUUCCUGCGCGCCGGGGGGGGACCUCGAUUGGAUCAGGGACUCGGAUCUCCGGCUCCUCUCGGAGAAUUUAGGAGACGUAUCUCCAUUCCCACCACUGGAUGGUCGCCAUUCAGAUGGCGACGAGGGGGGAUUCCCUAGUCUAUCUGAUCUCGAGUCUUGGUGGGAAUCCCCGAUGAAUGGAAACGCAGGCGUAAGUGCAGACGGAGGAGAUGCGCUUGGGGAUUCCUCGGUCUCGAUCUAG